GGGGGUGACACCAUGGGGAGGUCCUGGCUGCUUCUCAGCCUCCUAUUCGUUGGAUUCCUGUGCCCACCAUCCCACCAAUCAGAUGUCUGCAAGGCCCCCGAUGGAGAGAGAGGUCAUCCUGGGUAUCCUGGGCGUCAUGGAAGACACGGACAGAAAGGGGACCGAGGGGACCCCGGGGACGGCGGACGACUUUCUGGACUAACAACAAGCAAAGGUGAUGCUGGAGCCCUCGGGGCCCCAGGUGAACCAGGCUCUAUAGGAUACAAGGGUCCAGAGGGGCCCCCAGGGUCUCCAGGAGAGCCCGGCCUAGCUGGAUCCAAAGGAGCGAUGGCGGAUGGCAAGAACCAGCGGCGGCCGGCAUUCUCGGCGGUCUACACCGGCAUGAAGGAGAACACGCUGCUGUUCGGGGAGAUCCUCACCAACCAGGAGGGGGUGUAUGACGGCUCCUCGGGGCGCUUCCUCUGUGCCGAGCCCGGCUACUAUUAUUUCACCUUCCAGGCCGUCUCUGCCGGAGAUCUCUGCCUCCACAUCUGGGCCAAAAUCGGCACCGCCAACGGCAAGAAACUGCUCAGCUUCUGCGACCGAAACGUCAACAACCGUAACCAGGUCAACUCCGGAGGGGCGGUCCUUAACCUGAACCCCAACGACCAGGUCUGGAUCGAGACCGACGCCAAGAGCCGCAGGAUCGCCAGCAAAGACGCCAGCAGCAGCGUCUUCAGCGGAUUCCUGCUCUUCCCCCGCGUAGAAUGAGCUUGGCUGCUCCGCCCACAAGGGGAUCUGUUGCCCCUCCUCUGAUUUUUUACUCCAAUUUUGUAUGACUUAAUCACUAGAAGAAUCGGCGAUGUGAUCCUCCUGGGCGGAGCUUGGUGAUUAUUGUGCAAUCAGCUCCAUCCGGCCUCCCCUCCGCCUGGCUGCUUUCUUUAAUCAGAAUUUUAUCUGAAAUUAAUAAAUCUGUUUCAUCCAA